GUGUCAGCAACACUGCACAGAGGGGUCUUGCCUGUCUUCAAGGGGAUGACAGUUGAGUCCCACUGUCCAACAAAUGAAUCUGCUCUUUUAUGAUGGCUUCACGCUGAAGCACACGAGACAAGGACCCUAGAAAGCAUGUAAGUAAAACCUUUUUAUCGCAUUUUGACCUCCCAUUUGAGGGACCGACUACUAAACUACUUUUCUUUAUGCACCGACAGCUGAGAAUAAUGUGACAGAAGAUGGGGGACUGGAACUUAUUAGGGAGCAUUUUAGAAGAGGUCCACAUCCAUUCCACCAUCGUGGGGAAGAUCUGGCUCACCAUCCUCUUCAUUUUCCGGAUGCUUGUGCUCGGUGUUGCAGCGGAGGACGUCUGGGACGACGAGCAGAGUGAGUUUGUUUGCAACACAGAGCAACCGGGCUGCAAGAAUGUCUGCUACGACCACGCUUUCCCCAUCUCCCUCAUCCGCUACUGGGUCCUUCAGAUCAUCUUCGUGUCCUCCCCGUCCCUGGUCUACAUGGGCCAUGCCUUAUACCGUUUGAGGACCCUUGAGAAAGAGAGGCACAGGAAAAAAGCCUGCCUGAAAGCCGAGCUGGAGGGGAGAGACCCCAUCCAGGAGGACCAUAAGAGAAUCGAGCGAGAGCUCAGGAAACUUGAUGAACAGAAGAAAGUAAGGAAAGCUCCCCUCAGAGGCUCCUUGCUGCGCACAUAUGUUUUCCAUAUCUUGACUAGAUCUGUGGUGGAGGUGGGUUUUAUUAUAGGACAGUGUGCUCUGUACGGCAUCGGGCUUUCGCCUCUGUACAAAUGCGAGAGGUUGCCUUGCCCCAACAGCGUUGACUGUUUUGUGUCCCGACCAACAGAGAAAAACAUUUUCAUGGUCUUCAUGCUGGUUAUCGCUGGAGUGUCUCUAUUCCUCAACCUCCUGGAGAUUUUCCAUCUAGGGGUGAAGAAGAUCAAACAAGGCUUGUACGGAUACAAAUAUGGGGAUGAUGAAAGUGUGUGCAGGUCAAAGAAAAACUCCGUGGUGCAGCACGUUUGCGUGUUCACCAACUCCUCACCGCAGAGGAUGAUGCAGCUCACACAGAUGACCUGCUCUGGUGUCUCCGAUGCUGUCAGGGAGACUCUGCCUUUGAAUUUACCCCCAGGGGCCUCUCAGAAUCUGGAGCAGUCCAACAGUUCCCAGCAGCACCCUGCACAGAUGUACCUGCCGAGCCAAGCCGACAUCCAGGUCCUGCAGCAACUGGGGGCGUUGGAGCGGCGCUACACCCUGGAGAGCUGCAAACCCUCGUGUAGCAGUGAUGAGUCGAACGGACGCCGCGGCUCGGGCCAGCCGCAGUACGCAGGCCCUCGGGCCACACUCAUGGCCAGCCACAUGGAGAUCCCAGCAGCCCUGAAGACCACGCAGAGGAAGCAGAGCAGGGUGAGCGCUUGCAGGGAGUUCAGUGACACGAGUGAUUCCCCGGAGAGCGACCACUACCCCACAGCCAGGAAGUGCAGUUUUAUGUCCAGAGGAAUGUCAGAAGGCAUGCUGGCCACAUCCGACAGCGCCAACUCGCACAGCGUUACAGAUCUCGAGGCCCAGCACCUCAACCAGGGCGAGAGUCCCAUGGUGACCCCGCCGCCUCCAUCCAGUGGGAGGAGGAUGUCCAUGAGCAUGAUUCUAGAGUUGUCUUCAAUCAUGAAGAAGUAAACGGCAAAUUUUCAUCCUGGGACCAAGCCAGAGGAUAAGUUUAAAGAAGGGAUAGACUGACCCUGAUCAUUAAAGGAGACAUAUUAUGCUCAUAUUCACAUUCAUAAUUAUAAUUUGGGUUAUUACUUAAAAGGGUUUACAUGCUCUAAUGUUCAGAAAAAGCAUCAGUUUCCUCAGACUGUCCAUUCCUGUAGCUCAUCUUCCCAGCCUCAAUGCUUGGUUUUAGCUUCUGUCUCUUUAAGGCAUCCCUCCCGAUAAAGCACAGUCUGCUCUGAUUGGCCAGCUGGCCCACUCUGCUGUGACUUGGUCAACCAUAACAAGAAGGAAGUGUUGGCCUCCACUCCACUCUUGCUCUACCUGGCUUUAUUUGGGGCAUGCCAGACUGACCGCAAUGCGUGUGUUAUGCACUUUGUAACAUUGUGAUAUCACGAUCUUACAGAUGUAUUGGCUGGAUUACUAUUAAGGUGUUUCAGGAGCUUCAGGAGCCGUGAGGAGAUUUAACAUGUAACAUUAUAAAACACUAGAGGAAAGGGUAAAAUCUGAAAAAGCAUAAUAUGCAUCCUUUGAGCAACUAUCGUGUCUCUCGCCCUGCAACUGGGCAUUUUCACAAUAUGUUAAUACAGUACGUAUUGUGCAGGAGCUUCAGGUUAAAUUUGCUAACACAAUUCCACAGACUAAAGAUGCUUAAUAAUUUGCUUUAGGUUCCAUACCAAUGAUAUCUCCAACAUCUUUUAUGUAGACGACAGUUUGCAAGCCUCUAGUUUAUAGAGACCAUGAAUCAAAUAUGAAUCAAAAUUCUAUUUGCUCAAUUUCUCAAGGCACAUGGGACUGCUCAUAAAAUGAGGCCAAAAGUCUUGACAGAAGAUUGUAAUUACAGAUUGUGCAAUUGGUGACCACGAGAGGAUGAAAGAAUUCUCCAAACCAGUGUUUAUGAUUUAUCAUACUGAAUGACCUGCAGAAAAAAAAGGCUCUUCAAAUUGAACAUGUUUUGACUGAGAGUCGCCUAAUAUUGUUUAUGAAUAUAUCUGACAAAUUUGAGCUGUUAUUGCAAAUGUUUCUGGUGUC